AUGUCGUCCUCAUACAAUUCGUAUAUAACGUCAGCUAUUCAAUAUACAGUUACAUAUAUGGGUAUGUCUACUGUUUUAAUUGGUGUAGUUGGUAAUACACUCAAUAUUGUGGUAUUUCUUAGUUUGAAAACAUUUCGAGAAAAUUCAUGUGCAUUUUAUCUAAUGUUUAUGUCAUUUGUCAAUAUUGGUCAACUCAUCACAGGCCAAUUAUCUCGUGUAUUAAUUACUGGAUUUAGUAUUGAUUUAACAAUAAGAUCAGCAUUUUACUGUAAAUUUCGAGCAUUUGGUGUUGAAAUGUUUCAAUUUAUCUCUUUAACAUGUUUGUGUUUAGCAACAAUUGAUCAAUUUUUAGCAACAUGUAGUCAUGUUUACUGGCAACAAUGGAGUAAUAUUAAAUUAGCUCGCCGAUUAACGGUAAUAUCAACGAUUUUUUGGAUAUUAUAUUCAAUUCCAUACUUAAUCUUUUAUAAUCAAAUUGUAUCUUCAACUACAAAUCAAACUAGCUGUACUUAUUCGAAUGUGAAUUUUCAACAAUACCAUGUUUAUAUGAAUAAUAUUAUUCUACCUGGUGCUUUACCAUUAUUAAUUACUGUUACAUUUGGAAGUUUAGCAUAUAGGAAUGUUCGACAAAUAGCUUAUAGAACGAUUCCUUUGGUCCGGCGUGAAUUAGACAAACAAUUAACAAAUAUGGUAUUAAUUCAAAUUAUAUUCAGUUUCUUUGCACUUUUACCAUAUUUUAUAUUAAAUGUUUUUCCUAUGGUUACAAAUAUUAAUAGUAAUCCUAUUAGUUCUGCACAAUUCUCAUUGAGUAUUAAUAUUGCUGCUUGUAUCUUGUACUUAUAUUUUGCAUAUCCAUUUUAUAUAUAUGCUUGUGUAUCAAAACGAUUUCGUCAACAAUUGUUUUAUGUUCUUUUUGAACUUCAUUUUAAUCGAUGGCGAAGACGAAUAGUACCUGCAAAUGACAUAUGUCUAGAGCCUAAAUAA